AGCUGACAAUUUGUUACGUCAGUUAUGUGAGUAAGGUUGGUAAGUUUAGUGCGUUAGAAGUUGUGUGCCUGCUUAUGAAGGCAAAAUGAUGGAAGGGAAUAAAGAUGAAGCAGAAAGGUGUAUUGAAUUCGCUGAGAGGUUUAUUUUGGAAGGAAAGAAGGACAAAGCCGAGAAAUUUUUGCUUAAAGCCGAAAGGUUAUUUCCAACACAGAAGGCGAAAGAGCUUCUGGAACACUUAAACACAUCACAGCCUCAAGCAGAACAAGAUGAUGUUCCAAGAAAGAGACAUGUCCCAAAGAAAGAGCCAGAAACACAGUCACGUCAAAAGGAACAGCAGCAGCAAUCCAAAUCAUCAGCAAGUGGUGACAAAGAAUUUAACAAAGAACAUUUAGAAGCUGUGAAAAGGAUUAAGUCAUGUAAGGACUACUAUGAGAUUCUUGGUGUCUCCAAGGAGGCUACAGACACCGACAUCAAAAAGGCUUAUAAGAAGCUUGCCCUCCAGCUUCAUCCAGACAAGAACAAGUGUCCUGGGGCUGCAGAAGCAUUUAAAGCCAUUGGUAAUGCUGCUGCAAUUUUAACAGACCCUGAAAAGCGGAAACAGUAUGAUAUGUAUGGCUCGGAAGAAGAUCGGAUACAUCAGUCUCAGAGAUCCAAUCAUGGUGGUUAUCGUGAAUACAGUUACACCCGUGGAUUUGAAGCUGAUAUUACUGCAGAAGAGCUCUUCAACAUGUUCUUUGGAGGCGGAUUCCACAAUCAGAACGUUUACACGAGGAGGGGAGGCCGAUGGCAGCGUGCAGAGAAUCACACUCAGAACAGAGAGCAGCAAGCCAACGGGUACACAGUAUUUCUACAGAUGUUGCCAAUUCUUGUCCUGAUUGUUCUCUCAAUGAUGAGCAGUUUUUUCAUAUCAGAUCCAAUCUACAGCCUCCACUCAAGCUCGAAGUUUCCAGUUCAGCGCAAGACCUUGAAUCUGAAAGUACCAUAUUUUGUCAAAGAGAAUUUCCAUACUGAAUAUCAAGGCAGUUUACGGCGAUUAGAGAUUACUGUAGAGGAAGAAUAUGUCACAAACCUACGACAUCAAUGCUAUAGGGAGAAAAAUUAUAGGGAAACAAUGUUAUGGAAGGCACGAAACUUUGCUGACCGGGAUUUAUUUCAGAGAGCACAGAAUAUCCGUAUGCCAUCAUGUGACACAUUACAUGAACUUCAAGCUCAAGCAGGGUAGACAUGCUGAUUAUGUUGUAAUUCCUUUAUUUAAAACAAACAUUUAUUGAAUGUUAAAAGUGAUGUUAUUUCAUAUAAUUGUAGUCUAUAUGUCUUUGGGACUGGGCAUCAGUCACAUGUAUGCACCUCGUAAUAUUAAGUGUAUUUAAAGAGAAUGAAAAUAUUUACAGAAAUAUUGAAAUGGAUAUUUAUGAAUAUGCUGUUACUUUUUUAUUGCUAGUGGGGUG